UUUUGGCGCCGUUCGUGCCGGUUGCCGACUUGCGACGACUAGUUGAACUCGGAUCGACAUUGGCUGCGUUCGGUGUAGUUGCUGCAUGCCUUUUGUGCGGUCGAGUUGACAGGCAGGCUCGGUUGUGUGCGUUGUUUUUCCGAGCGAAGGACCUGGAACCGCGAGCGAGGAGCCGAAAAGUGCAUCUCGGUUCUCGGCGCGAAGCGUUCCAGCCGCCCGGACAAGGAAGAAGCGGUCGUCGACGGUGUGCAGAAUUGCGGUGGCGAUUGAUCGGCGGUGCUGCGCCGCGCGUGUGCAUCCCCGGAGUGAGUGCGCGAACGCCGCGAGCCCCCCGGACAUCGGGCGCCGCGGCACUGCAAGGGGCGCUGAAUAAGCAGCGCGUCCAGGUGCCCUCCGAGUUCGACGCCACGGACCGGACUAGCGCACUUGGGCACGACCAGUGCGAAGAACUAUGAAGAGACGGAAUGUGGAAGUCGGUAAAAUGAGAAGACCCAUGAAGCGGAGCAAGAUCCCCGAAGGACUGUAUGGCAGCACACUGCUUUACUUCAGGUUCUUCAUCCUCUGGGCGCUGGUGAUCCUCGCCGACUUCAUUCUCGAGUUCCGCUUCGAGUUCCUCUGGCCAUUCUAUCUGCUGUUGCGGUCCGUCUAUGACUCCUUCAAGUAUCAGGGGCUCGCCUUCUCCGUUUUCUUCGUCUGCGUGGCGCUGACCAGCGACAUGCUCUGCUUCUUUUUCAUCCCGGUGCAUUGGCUGUUCUUCGCCGCCAGCACGUAUGUGUGGGUGCAGUACGUGUGGCACACCGACAAGGGCAUCUGCGGGCCAACGAUCGUGCUCUGGAUGCUGUUCGUGUACAUCGAGGCGGCCGUGCGGCUGCGGGAUGUGAAGCACAUGCCUGGUCACAUGGAUCUGUGCCGCCCGUUCGCGGCGCAUUGCAUCGGCUACCCGGUGGUGACGCUCGGCUUCGGAUUCAAGUCCUACGUGGGUUUCCGUAUGCGGCAGAAAAAGCAGCGGGAUGUCGCCAAGGAGAACGAAUUUUAUCUACAGUUAAUGCAACAGGCGUUGCCGGCGGAGGCGGUGCAUGCUGAAAUGCAGCAGCCGGCUGUGCAAGCGCCUGCGGCUGCCACAGCCACUGCUUCCGCUGCGCCCGUGAAGCACACGCACAAGUUGCACAAUGGGAAUGUACCCAACGGGCUGCACGCGAACGGUGUGCCGCAACAGCACCAUCCACCUACGAAUAAAGCGCACCGUCGAGGGGUAAUAGUGAAUGAGAAGGUCAGAGAGCACGGGCACGACCACGACGAGCAUCAGCACACUACAACGCCCACGGCUAAUGGCGCAACGUCUACGAAACGCCAUGGCGGCAGCCACAAGAUGAGCAACGGCGUGUGCAGUGUGUCCACCGAAGAAGUGCCCGGCCAUGAGACGCCGGAGGCGAUUGUAAAGCCUGUAAAUAACCGCAAUCGACGCGAGCGCAAAGAACAGUCGGACAAAGACAACCGGGAGCACCAGGAGUGUCUGCUGCGUCUCGAACAGGAGUCCAAGCGACUGCGAUUGGAAAUCCAAAGUAGUCGUGCCAGCGAACAAGAAUUACGCUUACAGGUCGUCGCUUUGACGACGACGGAAAAAGUUUCGCGAGGAGAGAUGCUAUUGCAGCAACGCGAGCUCGAAGAUCUCCACGCGAAGCUACAGAGCGCCAACUCGUCCAAAGCGCAAGACAAACAGACUAUUAAUAGCCUAGAGCGGCGACUCGCUGAAGAGCGACGCGUGCGAAACGGCUUGGAGUUGCAGCUCAACCAGGAGCGCAAGAGUCGCAAACAGGAGGAAGCACGCGCUGCGGCGGCCGCAGCUCAGGCACAGAGUAUUCGCGCCGGCGAAUGCACCGAUCUCUGCCGGCAGCGACGGCGCGAACUCGAGUCGGACGUGGCUGCCAUGCGAUCCACGCACAAAUGGUACGAAAAUGAGGUGCAACUCAAGGACCGCGAUGGCGCUGUCAUGGCCGACAAACUACGCGAAACUGAUCUGGUGAUUUCCGCGAUGCAGGAGAAGACUCAGCACCUGGAGAAUUCGCUUUCGGCCGAAACGCGCAUCAAACUUGACCUGUUCAGCGCUCUCGGCGAAGUCAAACGGCAGCUGGAAAUCAAAGACAAUUUCAUCCGCGCGCAAGAGAAGGAAAUCGAGGAGCUCAAGAGCAAGAUCGCACAAGUACUGGCCGUCAUGCCGGACACGUACGUUGGCAGCCGGCCGAGCCACAUGAUGUCGCGCGUCCGUCUCAGCGCAAACGCAGGCAUUGACCGAGGUGACAAUUCACCCGGCUCAACCCUGGAUCCGAACGCGACGGCCUAUACCCCGAAAGGCUCAUUGGUCGCCUCCACCGAGGCCUAGGCCAUACGCCGUUAACCCCUCGCCCGACCUGAUUCUGAUACAAACAAUUCUACUGAUUCGAGGUAACCAAGCGGAACUUACCAAACAACUAACACAAACGCUGCUUGCGAAAGUUGGGAAAGGACGUUUAGGUUUAUUUUAGUUCGACUUGCGUUUUAGUUCGAAGCUGGAUUUGAAACGAAUCGAUUGAAUACAAUCAAAAAUGCGCGUAAUUUUUGAAUCUCACAAUUUGAAACGUUUACAAAAAGGUGAAAAAGAAAAAACAAACAAACAAACAAAACACUAACAAUUGAGAAACACAAUUUACUUAAUUACAUGUAACUUGUAAGCUUUUUUAAUGUGAUAUACUUAUUUAUACUGAUAUGUUAGUUAACUACAUUAACUAUUAUUGACAAUUUUGCGCGCGCUGUCGGAAAUGCUUCGGCAGCGCGAAUUUCGGUUGAGAUUAUACAUUUUUUGCGAAACAAUCAAAGUCACACACACACGCAACACGUGAGUUGAUAACCAGAACGCGCCUGGUGGUGACUCGGAACCUUUUCAAAUGAGCAAUGAAUAGACGAGCGCCGUGAAAACUUUCGAAUUUGUUUGCGAAAUGCGCCCGACGGUCGCGCGUCGCCAACGAGGGGGAAACAAUGCAAAUUGUUCAUGGACUUCUCCUAAUAUUUUAACACUUUGUAACGUUAGUUGCAUAUGAAGCAUACACACACACACACAGCUAGUCUUAAACUUGAAGCGAUACUUGCGACUUUCCAGCCAUGGCGGCGCCGCGUGCGCAUUCUUCAUUUAUUGUUACUAUUAUUAUUAAUAUUUGUGUAAUUUAUUCUUUUAUUUUUGAUCUCUGCAUUCUCAUCAUCUCGUGUGGACAAGACGCAUGACACAUAAACACACACACAUACACUCACUCACAAAACGAUUACCCUAGCGAUAAGGCAUUCGCUUAACAUUCGUUCUCUCUGUUAUAAUUAGUAUUAUAAUUAAGCUGUUUUUCUUGUGCACGCAAAGCGUGUCGCGAGAUCAACAUCUUGGAUGCGCGUGCAUCGAUUGCGCUCGCAUUUUAAACGUCGACGCGAACAUUGCAAAUGUUUUCUGUCUGUCUGUGCCGAACGACUGCCAUUGCCGCGCGCGUGUGCUUUCUUUCUUGUUUUGUCCGCGCAACGCCGGAAACCGCUUCGUUUCGGUGCUCAACUUUCAUUCAGUUGUCACACGUUUUGGAGAAUGCCGGCACGUAAUGCAACAUGCAUCUCGCCCACUGUCACUGUGUGACGCAACGUUGAACACACCAGACAAACAAGACACAUGUAUAAAUGCAGACAUUCGUUUAUUUACAAAACGAAUUAUUUAUUGCCAUUUCGUCUCAUCGUGGCGAAUCGAUGGCCACGUUGUAAUAUUUACGAUUCGUCGUUUUGUUCCGAUUCAAACAAAUGGAAGCGACUAAGUACUUAACGUCUUUGAAGAUGACUCGGAGAUUGUCCUUCGGAGUUGAAGACGAACUAAGAACAUAUAACCAGUGAAACGCAUAAACUCAACGAGCACCCAAAUGAUAAAUCAACUCGGAAAACUGUAUACCGUGUUAAUUCUUCUGAUUUUUUUUUGUAAUUUUAAUUUUUUAAGUACUGCGUUCGGUCUAGUGGUGCGUUUAUUUUGUUUUGCCAAUAUUAUUGUUUAGUUUCUCAUCUAUCAUUUGAAUUAUUUGAUUCAUUUUGUGUUUGACAUUGCAAGACCGAAACAAUCUGAGUUUUUUUCGAUCUGAAGAUACGAUGGUGAUGCGUUCGAAUUUUAUUUUGUUUCCUUUUUUAUUAUAUGCGAAAAUAUAGUUACGUUUCGUUGCAUUAUUUUA